GCCACCUGCUUUCCGUAACAAACUCUUUAUCAACUGACACGCGACGAUAGUGAAUAAGUGAAGUCGUAUCGAUGGUGAAGCGACGACGAUGGUGGUGAAUACCUACACACCUCUUCGUUUCACCGUCUUCAUCUCCUUCCCCCUCGCAGCUGCCGCCAAACUCUCCGCUUCUCACUCCCCUCCUCCCUCCUCGCUUCCCAAAGCCGCCACCGCCGACGAUCUCCUCUCCGUUCUAGGACCUCCCUCCGCCGCGUACGCUCUCAGCCCCUCCGUCUCUCGGGAGCUCCGCUCGUGUCUCAAAUUCCUCGUCCCCUUCGAAUCGAGUAAACCUAAAUUCGAAUCGGGACGAUGCUCGCUUCUCACUGGACUCUGCUCGGGGAAAAACGACGCCGUUGAGGAGGAGGAGAAUUCUCUCGUAUGGUGGCCGCCGGAGGGGGUUCUCGAGCUUGCGCGGCUCGCUGUUGACUCGGGGGGUGAUCCCGGUUCGAUUCACCGAGCGCUUGAUCCCAGCAUCAUCCCGGUUCCGAGGAGAGACAGUCAACUCACGAGAACUCCUUAUGGACGUCACUUCAUAGCUCAAGAGGUGAACUCGUAUUUCGAGUUUUUGUUUCGUUUGAUUGAGUCUAGGGGACCGAGUGUAGGAUUCAAUGUUUCGUUGAGUCGAUAUGAUUUGUUCCAUGGUCAUCUGUUUAUUGCUACAGAAUCUGGACGACUUGGAAUAUUGUUUCAUGCUAAAGAGUAUCCAGCUUAUGACAAGAAAGCGUUUCCUUACAACAUGGGAUAUUGCCAGAGAGGAUCUGAUGUGAAGUACGGUGAUUCAAUUAACUUAAGAAAUAUCCUUUGGCUUGCACCAUUACCCAACAAAUCUGGUACAGGUUGGCUUGCUCCAGGUGUACUAGUGGUGCUUGAUGCGCAUCCAGAUGGAAUCAUAUACCGAGAUCUCAUCCCUAACUAUGUCAAGUUUGUAAGAACUAUCUAUGAAGAUGAUUUGGGAACAACUGUUGUUGAUGUCAAUUACUUGAAUGUGGGAGGAGCUGGGGAACCUGAUUAUCAGCUUUUCAUUUGCUGAAACCAUUUACACAUUCUGCAGUCUGUAUAUGAUUGAACUGUGAUUUUUUUUUGUCAACCUUAUAAGCCUAGAGGCUAAAGUUAUUACAAGUGGUUUAAUUACUUGACCCAAUACAAGAACCUGAGAUAAAGUAGAACAAUAUAUGAUUGAAUUGUGAUUAAUGAUGUUAUAAUCUUAAAUGAAAGGACUGGAGUGAUAGUUUG